AUGUCGCAUAAACAAUUACCGUUAAAACGACCAAUCAAUAAUAGCAAUAACAACAACGGUCACUCAGAAAGGAUGAGGAAGAAAAAGAUAGACAAAGUACAGUGCGACGGUAGACUAAAAAUCGUAAUAAACCGAGAAAAAGAACUGCGGGUUAAAUGGCAGGAAAGAUGGGGAUUCUAUUCGAAGAGCAAUGUAGAAAAGAUGUGGAGCGAAGAGGCUGUCAAACUGGGAUUGCCGGAUGAUUUCAUCGAUCGUCACCGACAAAAAACCCGAAAGCAAGAUAGAAUUCAACCGUCGAUUACCGUGCCACCGUCACCGGCGCCUAUACCCAACACUUCGUCGGCGUUUAUAGGUUGGAGGUCAUCUCACACCAAUUGCAACUUAGAAAUGUUUGGAACAUACAGAAGUAACAAACCGGAUCCUCAAAUGUUAAUUCCUGACGACGAACCAGAUCCAAAACAUUAUAAGUUUAUUAUUUUAGGAUAGUUUUUGGGUUUCAUAUUUAUAUUAUACAAC